AUGUUAAACGAAUUAAUCCAGCUAUUUUGUAGCAAUAGUACUCAUUCUAGUGAGUUAUUUUACAAUGCUACAUUAUAAUUAAAUGAGUUUUUAGACAAGAAAGAGAUAGUGCGAUGUUUUCCAAGAGUGUCAGAAAACCUUGGAGAUCAAUUAGUAUAGGAUAUUGAUUGAUAAUCUAUAGCCAAAUCUGAGGAAGGCCUCUCAUUAGCUUUUCCAAGCAUAUAUUCGUGUGAAUGAAAGUUUUGAUGCAGUACUUUCAGCUAUGCUUAGUAGAGGCCUUGUACAUCCAAACGUAAGCAUUUUUAUGUUAUAUAAUAUAAGUGGUUGGUGAGAUAGAAGAAUAUUAAUUCAUUGCAAUCACUGUUUUUAUCAGAAGGCUAACAUUUAGAUACUGAUAGUACUAUUGUUAAGAAUAUGGUUGAGAUGUUGUUAGGGAAGUUGUCUGAUUCUAAUAUAGCUGUUUGUAAGGCUACUGAAUAGGUAUGACUAUUAGAAUAUUUAUUAGACAUUGAUAUCUCUUAUCACUUUGAAUUCAUAUAAGUAAUGUCAUGCUUAAUUGCCUUUUGGAAUAUAAUCUCAAGUUGAACAAUUUGUAGAUUAAAUGAAACUGGCUAAUUAGAUAAGACAUGACUUGAAAUUCAAAGACCCAACUUCUAAUGGAUUGCCAUUUGAGAAAUUGGAAGAUUUGAAAGAUACUUAGUGGUAAAUGAGAGCAGAAGCUAUUUAAAGAAUUUAUGAAGAACUUUAAGAUGUGGUCUUGACCCCAUUAUAAGUAGAGGUCUUGUUUGAGCAUAUUGUUAAUUUAGUUAAUGAUCAUAACUUCAAUAUAGUGUUAACUACUUUAUAGAUAAUGUAAAGAUGCUUGUAGUUCAAUAUAGUGAAGAGUAGCAACAUAGUUAAUAUAUACACUAAGCUAGGGGAUUCAAAAUCAGCAAUAAGAACAGCAGUGAGAUAAGUGUUAGUGAUGUAUUUGUAGAAGAUUGGUGAUGCUGAAUUGUUGAUUCAAAUAUUGUAAUAGCCAAAUAAGAAUUCAUUUUACAAAGAAGAAUUGUUAGAUCUGUUAGUGGAUUUGGUGCAAAGAAAUAAGAUGCUGGUAACCUGAUUGUUCAAUAUGCAGCUUUCAUAAUACCUCGAAUUGGCCAUAAAGGAAGUGGCUCCUUUCCUUGAGGACCAGAAAUAGAAACUGCGUUUUAAAGCCAUUGAAACCCUUACAUAGUUGACCACAUUAAAUCAAGCCUUGACCAAGCGAGUGUUCUCGUAAUUAGGUAUUACAGAAGAUCUUUUUAACUAAAUUGAUGUAAGUACUGCUUCAUCAAAUAAAUCUGAUCUUCCCUAAUUACGAUUCAAGAAAGAGUAAAGAGCAGAAUAGAGAGAAUAAGUAGAAUAAAAAGAUUACUCCUAAUCUUUACCAGAACCCAAAAAUAAGUAAUAAUUUGAUAUACCAAUAUUUCAAUCUCAAUAAUAAGGAUAUAUACCAACAAUUAUAUCGUAACCUUAAAAAUAAUAAAGGAGUGCCUAAAAACCAGAAUCUCAUCCUCAAUCUUCGAGUGUAGAAUUUAGAAAUCUUCAAUAAUAAUAAGAAUAUAAUCAACCUCCUGCAACUUAAUAAAGUAAACCAUUCAGAAUAGUUAAAAAUCCAUAAUAAGAUAUUCCAGAUUAAGAAACUGGUCUUACUUAUACCAAACCUUUCUAAAGAAAACCUAAGGCUGAAGCUGAUAAAACAUUUUAACCAAUUUAUUUAGAUUCAGUGACUCCAUUAGAUUAACCAGAAUAAGUGCUAAAGAAUUUAUUGAAUGAUUUAAGAUAUGAUGAUUGGAAUAGAUAAUUCGAAGCACUUAACAAUCUUAGAAGAUUAGCAAAACAUAACACUGAAUUACUUAGAAAAUCAAUUAAUUUUACAUAAAUCUUAUAAGAAAUGGUUAAAUAAAUUGAAAAUCUGAGAAGUGGAGUAUCUAAAAAUGCUUUAAUAUCUUUAUAAGAACUUAGUGAUAUCUAUAAAAAAGAUUUAGAUUGUGUAAUGGAUUAAGCAUUAUAAAAAUUAAUAAAAAAAGCUAUUGAUCUCAAUACUUUUAUUAGUGAAGAAGUUAGAAAAGCCUUAAUCUCUUUAUUAUAAAAUUGUACUGAAUCUAAGUCAAUUUCUCUAAUAUCUUAAGUGUAUUAGAGUAAAUCAAUUGCUGUGAAAGUGAACAUUUGUUAUGCAUUGAAUAAUUUAUUAGAUCCUAAUAAAUAAUACUUUGAAAAAAUGCUAUAAAUUUUGUGUCUCUAUGCUUGUGAUUAAGGUUAAGAAGUCAGAUAAAUUGCGAAAGAGGGAUUAUUAAGUUUAAUAAAUUAAAUAGAUAAAAGAGAAUUAGAAUAAUUGGUUAUAAAAUUAGCUCCCGAUGGAGAAUGUAAACGUAUUAUGACAAUUAUUAAUGGUGAAUCUACCACAACUUCAGAAUUUAGAAAGUUUGGUACUACAUAAACUAAAGAAGCUAAGACACCAGAACUUAGAAAUAGAACACCUAAUGCUAAAAAAUUAUCAGCAGAUUUUGAAUAGAUGCCAAAUUAUAUGAAUUAAGCAGAAUUAGCUAAAGAUUGGAAAUAAAAGAAAGAUGCUAUUGAUUGGUUGUGUAAUUUUGCAAAAAAAGAAGCAUAAUCUUUAAAUGGUCAUAAAUAUUCAAAUAAAUUUUUGGAUUUGUUAUGCAAAUUAAUUGAUGAUGGUAAUAAAAAUAUAGCUCUAUACACAUGUGAACAAUUCAUUUAAUUAGUUGAGGCACUUAAAGUAUAUUAUGUCUUUAUAUGAAAAUUAGUUACCAAUUUAAAAUAAUUAUGUUAAUAUAUGGAAUGGUGUAUUUAAAGUAGUAUCGUCUACAAAUAAUUAAGUACGAUAAUCAGCUGAAUCAUUAUUUCAUGAACUUAUGAUACAUAUUGACAUUCAAUAUUCAUUACCUUAAAUCUAACAUCUUAUUUUGUAUGGUCCAGCCAAAUCUAAAGGCAUAGCCAUAACAAUGUUAGCAAGUAUUAUUUUAAAAUUAUAAAUAGAUUUUGUAUAAUAAUUUUAUGAUGAGCGACCAUAAUUAGUAGUGAAGUAUCUUGUACCUUUAGCUAAGAAAUUACAAGAAGAACAGAAACCAGAUAUUAAAAUAGCAUCUUAGAAAUUAUUUUAAUAAUUGGUUUCUAUAUGUCCAAAUGAUGUUGCUCAUUUGAAGUUAUUAAAAUGA